AGCGUCUCCAGCAGUACCAACCAGCGAGUCAACAACUUCCCGCCAGCUCGUCAACGUCGUCUUCCUCCGCUCAAGAAAUAGAAAACGCCCUCAACUCUCCUGUCCUCAGUGCUGCCUUUCUCGGGACGAGGAGGAGGCUGUGGCCUGUGUCAGGUGUCAGGCGUGCAGGAGAAGAUGCCGCCGCCGGCGACCCCUGCCCCUAGCGCUACCGUGCACCCAUGCUUGAGGACGCACGGAAAAGAGGUCGCUAGGCUGCACCUGUUCGACUGGAUCGUGUUGCUCCUGCUUGUCGCCACGAUUGGUUUGCUGGGCCUGGUCCAGCCGUUCCACCGCUUCGUGUCCCAGGACAUGAUGGCGGACCUCCGGUACCCCAUGAAGCGCAGCACCGUGCCCGACUGGGCCGUGCCGGUUAUUGCCGUCGUUGUGCCGAUGGUUUUCAUCGUUGGGACAUAUAUCAGGAGGAGGAACGUUUAUGACCUGCAUCAUGCUAUCCUUGGCCUCCUGUUUUCCGUUCUUAUAACUGCUAUCGUGACCGUUGCGAUCAAGGAUGCGGUUGGGCGGCCGCGCCCGGACUUCUUUUGGCGCUGCUUUCCCGACGGAGUGCCGAAGUACGACAACGUCACCGGAGAUGUGAUAUGCCACGGUAAACCAGGCGCGAUCAAAGAGGGGUACAAGAGCUUCCCGAGUGGGCAUGCUUCAGGUGCUUUCGCUGGGCUUGGAUUUCUGUCAUGGUACCUGGCUGGCAAAAUGAAGGCUUUUGAUCGAAGAGGACACAUCGCCAAGCUCUGCAUCGUUCUUCUGCCUCUCCUUUCUGCGACGAUGGUUGCGGUAUCGCGGGUGACGGACUACUGGCACCACUGGCAGGAUGUGUUUGCUGGUGGAGUCCUUGGAUGGGUGGUUGCUUCAUUCUGCUACCUUCAGUUCUUUCCACCACCCUACAGUGAACAUGGAGUUUGGCCUCAUGCGUACUUGGAGCACAUUCGUCGUCCGGAGGGUGAAAUGCAUGUGCAAUCAACAACAAACUCGAAUAUGCACCAUAACUCACUGCCACUUGAUCUUUCUGGAUCAAAUGAGACGAGAACCACCAGCCAUGCACUGGAUUCCAUGGAAGAAGGGAGCAGAGAUCAGUGACAGAUGAAUGCAAGGUUUCCUCUUAUUUAUUUCCUUUUCCUUUUGUAUUACAGGCUGACUUCAUACCGUGGCACUACGUUAAAAAAAGGUCAAUAGUGACCGGCCAUUAACCGCCAAUAGCAAAAUUACAAGUGAGGAAUUUCAUGAAUGCAGAAGUUAUUUAUAGAUUUUCUCAACCA